AUAUCGAGCAACAACCGACUUGUCCCUGAUGUGAUCAAACAAAGUUUUGCCCUCCCGCUCGAGAGCCUCUUCGUCUUCCUCUGUCAUGUACUCCUCGAUCUUCUGGUACCAUUCCUUGUGCGACAUCUUGAUGGCAAGUGGAGCACGCUCAAAUAGUGACCGACAAUGAGAAGGCUUAAUGGCCUGUAACAAUAACCGGAAGCAUAGAUUGCUACGUCAUUAUUUUGGUAUGUGCGGGAGGAAAUUUUGCCAACUUUGCUGAAAAUACAAACAAAGCAAUUUUAUCGUGGCAGCAGCUGCAAGCUGCAACUUGAUGCCAAUGGUGCAGACAGCGACAAACAUUGUGGAAGAAGGUCAGACUUGAUGAAGAAGACUAGAAUCAUGCCAACUGCCAGCAGGGCGGCAAGGAAGCAGUUACUGGCAACAUCAUUGCUCGCCUCUAAAAUAGCACCGUACGCAAGCGAAAUGAUCACGGAAGAGAUUUGACCACCCAGCGCCAUGCAUCCUGAAGAGCUGGCUUCAGAUUCAGGGUAAACCAUGACAAGGUACCGAUUUCCCGGUCGAACAUGCAAGAAUUCAUCCACUCGCAAGAGAGUGAAGGGCUACUGGUCUGUCACCGAGGAAGCUCUCGAGGCCGAGCAGAUUCACAAGAACUUGCUGGCCUGGCAGGAAUUGGUGGGCAGCUCCGAUGACGAGGACUUUUAUGGAUUUACUCAUGAAGAGGAGCAGCUUGCCCGGUCAACAGCUGUCAUCGAGGCCCACACUCUUGAGCUUGAGGGUGGUGGUCUGGUUGGGAAAUUAGGCAAGAAGUCCGAAAAUGCCAAAGCGUCCACAAGCGCUUCAAAACAAAAGAGGCCACAGCAAUCAUCACCAUCAAGUGAGCCUGCGAGUACACCGAAAUCAAUUGGAGCCAAAAUUGAGACUGAAUCUACUGUUAUUAAGAAUCCUUUUAAAUCUGAAGAAAAAUCCAAGAAAGAUAAACUGAUUUCCGAGAGUACAAGCUAUUUUAAUAAGAAUGCUUCAAAAUCAACACGCUUACACAAAGAUGGCAAGAGGGCUAGCAACUUGUCCAGUCCUCAAGAGAGUUCCAAAAGCUGCAGCAUCCUUAAACCAUCAACGCUGAAGUUUGAGUCGUUCAGCUCUGGGCACACGCUUGGUGCAAACUGGAUGCUCCAGUCAACCCCCACAGUCAAGCCCACUUCUCUGCCGGACGCGAAGAAGUGCAUAGUUUGUGAAACAAUGACAACCGACGUCCAGUGUGAUUCGUGCCGAAGAUUUGUCGAGAAGAUGACACAAAAGACAACGCAAAAAUUGAUGUGCCACAGAGGAAGAGCAGUUUGCAAAAUUUCAGGGGUGGAGGUGAAAGCGAGGUGUCCAGCGUGCUGGCUCAUGAUGUGCCUCUCAAAACUGCCCAUACCACAGAAAACUUUGACAAGACUGAAGAAAUGUCUGCCGAGUAGUUUGCAGUACCAUGUUGGCCCUGGCAACCCCACUAAAAAGGAUCCUCUUCGUGGCUGGUCCGAUAACGUGUUGAACCAAACACAGCUAGCUGCCAGGGCACUUAUGAAGAAAGCGACAAAAACGGCAAACAAUAGCAAAAUCAAAGAAACUACAAAACAUCACCCAGUAGAAGUUGAAAAGCCAAAACGCCAGAAAUCGCUUGUAAAGGGGCCUCGCAUAAAGCACGUUUGCCGCAGGGCUUGCGUUGUGCUCGGUCAGCCCCAAGCCACAUUUCCAGGCGUCUCUCCGUUCAAACAAGCGUCAAUUGAUAUAUACAAGAAGUACCAAACAGAAUCAAAACACAAGGAUAAGAAAGUGCUGUCUAAAACGAUGGUUGAAGUUCCACAAGAUAAAGCCCCGGCCCCUACUCCAUCCACUUCAGGCUCAACUUUGCCUCUGGAGAUGCUGGGUUUGCCUGCUGCAGCCCCGACAAAAGCCGAGCCUCCUCCUGGUUGGAUCUGUGUUGACUUUGAAGCAACUGAGGCCACUGGAGUCCCUGUCAUGAGCGCUAUCGGAACAUCCAACUUGCCACCUGCUCUUUGUGUGCUUUGUGGAAGUGCUGGAAAAGAACAGCUUCUUUUCUGUGCCAUGUGCUGUGAGCCAUAUCACUUUUUCUGUCUCAAGACGAAUCCUCAGCUUAACAAGAUGUGGAUUUGUGAACGUUGUGAGCUCUGCUGCAUCUGCAAUAAGCCCACUAUGAACGAUCCAGAACUUGUGAGGUGCCAGAAAUGUGUUGUUCCUUCUCACAAGGGGUGUUUAACUUGCAAACCUCCUCCAGGAAAACCAUGGGAGUGCCCUGCUUGCAACGUGUGUCGCAGUUGUGGCUUGGCUGCACCCAACAUGAAGGCUGCUGGGAACACUUCAUUCUGCCCUCCUUGCUACAAACUGAGACUCAAAGGCAAUUUCUGUCCCCACUGUCAGCAAUGCUACAAAGAUGAUGACUAUGAUACAAAGAUGGUGGAGUGUGCCGAGUGUCUCAGUUGGGUACACGCCUCUUGUGAGGGUAUUACCGACGAGAUGUACCAAGUUCUGAGCUACCUUCCUGAAACUGUAGAGUUCCAUUGCAAGAACUGCACCACCCAAGUUCCUCCACUUUGGUCACAGGCCAUUGAGGAAGAAAUGAGGAACGGAAUCAUGAACAUCGUGAAAAACCUUGCAAAGUACCAAAGCGUCAAGCUGUCGCCCAACAAGAGAGUGAAUCUUGAGCCAGAUGAAGGUGAUACAAAUGCAGCAAAGCCUCUAAUAGAGACCAAGCCAGCAAGCAAAGGCGAUGUCAAAGGUGAAGAUAAAACUAGAAAAGAAGAGAAACUGGUCGUAGAGAAGAAUAAAGAAAGUAGAGAGCUAGAACUGAGGAAAGAAGAGACAAAAUCUGAGACAAUCAAGGUUAAGGAUGAAAGUGAAUUGAUGCCAAAACCAGUUGAACUGAUCAAGCAAGAAAUAGAUGAAAAAGACCCUAAAAUUGAAGCUGCUAAAAUGAAACUUGAUUUUGAAGAAGGAAGAAUGCCAGAGUUAGUGGUCAAACUGACCGAUUGUGUGAAGCAAAAGGCAAAAGCAACCCAAACUCUUAAGCUGAAGCAGAUCAGAGAGGCUUAUAACAUUAAAGAGUGCUCUGUCCAUUUGAGGAAAUGCGCUCAUGUUAAGAUUGCUGGCACAGAAACUGCAGACUCUCCAUCAAAGCUUCCAAGUUGUUCGAGAAAUGAACCAACAGUCACUCUCCCCACUUUGAAAACCCCAGACAAGAACGCUAACUACGACGAGACACCCAGUAAAAUGACAACAAGCACUUCAGAGGCCGUUGCCUCCCAAACAAUCGAAGAAAAGGAGUCUGCAGAAGAGAAGAAAAACACUUCCUUUAUAGAACUUGAGGACGAAACAGCAUCAGCACCCCCAAGCACUGCAAUAUGUGACAGCCCUGGAAAGAAAUCUGAAACAAACAUGUUUGACUCCAAGCUCUUAGCAGCCAUACUUCGAAAAGCCAGCCUUGGUUUAUACAAGAGCCUUGCCACCUUUGAUUUUGAAUUCAAACUUGAAGUUCUGAAGAGCAAGGAUGUUGAAAUUCAGUCCCAAUAUUUAGCGUUGGUCACUGAAAACUUUCCCUGGUACAAACCAGGCAGUUUUGACUUAGAAAAAUCUUCAAUUGAUGGAAAAGUGGUGGCCAAAAGCAAGCCGGACUCUGCUGCUGAGAGUAAACCAGAGCCGCAGAAGAACCUCAGCCAAUUGUACACGGCAGGAUUUCACGACAACCGGCUCUGUGCCCUAUGCAGGAAGCCUGCCGACGAUUUUGGUGCAGGAGCAGAACGAAUGCUGCACACAGGCAGCGCUCCUCCCUUAGACUGGGUGCACGCCAAUUGUGCAUUGUGGAGCUCAGAAGUUUGGGAGGACCGUGAUGGAUACCUGCACUGUGUUGUUCCUGGCGCCCUGUCCAGAGCCAACAGGACCAAGUGCAGCUACUGUGGAGAGAGAGGAGCCACAGUUGGUUGCUGUCAGGGCAACUCUUGCCACAACUCUUACCACUGGCCGUGUGCCCUGGCCCUAGCCAAAUUGGGCGACAGCAUUUUCCUUGAUUUGGCGGAGAUGGCCCUUUACUGCACCGACCACGGAGAGCAACGAAGGUUGCUGGCAGAACUUGCCUCAGAGGAAGAUGAGAUCGACCUAUGUCUCGAUUUUCCGCUUCCUAGACGUCUGCGGGUUGAGCCUGCCAGAAACAAGAAAAGGUAUGCUGAUCCGUCUUGCGUCCAAAUCGCCAUAGGGUCUCUUCGUGUGGAGCGACUUGGUGUGAUCAGCUCAAAUUUGUGUCAUGAUGAAAUGAGGGAUGUCCUUGUGCCGCACGGCUAUGUUGCAAAAAGGCUCUUCUGGUCGACUAAAGAGCCAUGGAAGAUUGUUGAGUACGUCAUCAUUACUGAGCUGGAAAUUGAGUCCGUCGAGGAAAGUCUAGCGAGGGACAUCAACUUGACUGUGGAGCAUGGGACUCAUGGAGCGCCGUCUGAAGUGAUGGAGAAGAAUUUGAGAGUCUUGAGACACAUACAACAACAAGAGAUUGAUCUGUCUCGUGACAAUGAACUUGGCGGAAGAGACAACUCUGAUGACCUGCUAUUGCCACCAGAUCUGAAAGAAACAAUUUUCCAGGACUUAAACAAUGAACUUUUAGAGGGAAUAUCCAUGCACGAUAUUUUCACCAAGCUACUAUCGGAUGACAUAAGCAAGGAAGAUGUGUCUGACAGUGAAGAAAACCCAGUAAGAGAAGUGGUUGACUAUCUUGUAGACAAUGUCUGCUCCCAGGAAUCCGAAGGAAAGCUGCGAAAGCGAUCAAGAAUCAGCCUGGUCUCUUUGGAUGAGGAGUUUAUUCUUCCAAAGAUGAUGAAACCCUGCUCGUCUCGGCAGUUUAGACUCUCCCAGCUUGACGGUGCCGAUGACAGUUCAAGUGACUCAGAGUCAACUGAGUCGGCGGGAAAAUCGGACGAAGUGAAUGUUGAAGUUGAAACAUCCCUGACCAGAAAACGGAAUAUGUCAGACGGAGAUGCAGACGAUGGACCUGUUAAGUGCAAGUCCUGCAAGAGGACCUAUCGGACCAAAGCGAGCUAUGACAAGCACUUGUCCUCAUGCACAGAGGUCAGCAGCGAGUCCAGCGACGAAUCCAGUGAAAGUCCUACAACUUCCAGAAUGAGUGCCAAGACCUCCAAGUAUGGAACGGUAGUGGUGAAGACCAAGCUGGUGGUGAUGCAAAGCCCAGACAAGAACCAGAAACGGAAAAGAGAGGCAAAGGCAGUGAGAAAAGCUGUAAAACUGGCUGCUAAACCAGCAGACUCCACUACAGGCCCUUCGAUGAUGCAUCACCACACAUCUCAGCAGCACCACCAACAGCCACAUACCUUCCAGCAAAUGCAACAACCCAUGUCAACUGUGAAUGACAAGCAAGGCUUUGCCUCAGCUCCUAUCUACCCAGACACACCCCAAAUAGUUGUUGGCCAAAACCCAAUAUAUGUGACCCAACCAACGGUUUACUACAUCAACGUCACUCCAAGCAAACAGAACUACUUGCUAGUCAAUGGACCCGACGGCCAGCAGAAUUUAGUUUGUGUCUUGAGCCCUGAGCAGGAGCAAAGUCAAAUCAUUGUCCCGCAAACCUUUGGCAACAUGAUGACCAUGCCCUCGUACAACAGCAACACGACCUUCCUUGCGCAAACCCCCUUCCUGCAGAACAUGGCCUACAGUCCAAUGAUGGCCGGCAACGACGGUACCCAGCUGGUUAACACGCCAAAUGGGAUCUUCCUCAGCAACCCGUCGAAUCCCUUUGCCAUAAACCAGAAUCCUCUAAUGAUGCCCAGCAUGGGUUUGGGCCACGAAAUGAAGGACCCUUCGUCUUACUUGGCGCCAACGACCUUUACUCCGGACCUGCACAUCAAGCAGGAGCCCAACCCACCCGUCCAGAUCAUGAACCCUUCUAUGUUGCCACAAAAACCAGUCGAUUUUCCACCCAGUCUGACGCACCCCUUGCAAAUGGCCCAGCCGCCUCUGCAACCGCCUUUAAUAUCCCUGAACCAGUAUGUAGCUCCAGCGGCUGCUCCUCCUCCUCCACCCCAGCAGCCCUACUUCCAACAACCGAUGCUGCGACCGCCGUUUGUACACCCGCAGCACCAAAACUUGAUACCUCCACAGCCGGGACUGAUGCACGUUGGGUCUUUCAAGCAGCCUGUCAACUCCACGGUCAGCAACAUCCAGAAGAUGCAGUUGAUUAGCUCGUCCAUUGCUCCUCGCAGUAACCAAGUCAAAACGGCCACUCGGUCUUAUGUGGAGACACCGGCAAAGGUUCCAGAGCAACUUCAACAGGCAGCAAUUCCAAUUACAAGAUCGCUGCCGCCACCCCUGGUCAUCCGAGAGCGGCCAAUUAAGCCAAAUAAGACUGUGCCACCGCUGGUUAGCAAUUUGGAGGCGACGGCCUCACCUAAGGUGGUUAAAAUCACGGCCAGUGCGAGCGUUGGCACACAGACAACGUCUCGAUGCAGCACGCCGAGUAUCAUCAAGAAGGAACCUCAAGAUGUCGAAGAGAAGACAAACGUCCAGUUCAAGAUCCAGAGUUCAGACGGAUUCAUCACAACGGCGCACAAUGUUUCCCAGGCGUGGCAAAAUAUCUUUGACGCAGUUCAAACUGCAAGAAAGGCCUACAAUCUCACACCCCUGCCGUACAAUCCGUUCAGUCUCUCAGGACAACAAAUGACCGGACUGGGACAGGAUCCUAUCAAGUAUUUGAUUGAGCAGCUGCCCGGAGUUGCCAAAUGCACUGAUUACACCCCCAAAUUUCACAAUUCGUCACAAAAGAAAAUAAAGAGGCAGCCAGUUUUGCAGCCGAAACUCAACACUACUGGCUGCGCGCGAACUGAACCAUACAAACAAAGGAACCCGUACGACAUGUUUGGCUGGCUUGCGUCAGAACACAGAAAACCACCAUCGAUGCCUCUUGCCGAAAAUGAGGCUGUCAACCGAACAAAAACAAGCAGUAACCUCCCAAUGGCAAUGAGAUUCAGACAGUUGAAGAACAACGCCAGAGUUAAGGUUGGGGUCUUCCGGUCUUUGAUACAUGGCCGCGGCCUCUUCUGCAUCAGGGAACUGGAGCCUACAGAAAUGGUCAUUGAAUACGCUGGAGAGGUUAUUCGCUCGAUACACACAGAUCGGAGGGAGAAAAUUUAUGAGUCGAGGGGCAUAGGGUGCUAUAUGUUCAGAAUAGACGACGACACUGUGGUGGACGCAACGAUGAAAGGAAACGCGGCCAGAUUCAUUAAUCACAGUUGUGAGCCCAACUGCUACUCAAAGGUGGUUGACGUGCUUGGCAAGAAGCACAUCCUGAUUUUUGCCUUGCGACGCAUCCUGCCUGGAGAGGAGCUCACCUACGACUACAAGUUCCCCUUCGAAGAUGACAAAAUUCCCUGCACGUGUGGUUCCAGAAAAUGUAGAAAGUAUCUUAACUAGUCUCAAUCCUUCGUAUCAGCUGUUGUACUUUACUUUUCCGUAAUUCAGGGUUACACUUUCUUCACACACAUACUACAGAGUUCAAUACUUACAAUAUACACACAGUAAUAGAAAAUAAACUUUCAAGAGUUACAUAACAUAUACUUAGCAAUAGUCGCAGGCAUGGUUUUGAUUCUUACAUUAAAAUAAUUCCGUCGCGCCCUUGAGCGUGAUUCACAUACAUACAGUUAAACCAGAAGCAACACACUACAGUAACACUACUUAAAUAACAAAUUCUGUGUAAUCCCGUUUUAAUGCAUUUGUUCUAUACAUGAGGAAAGGACUCUUUGGACUCACACAAAAUUGAUGUACUAGCCCACAAAUAAAUAAUUCCUACCGAUAUUGCUAUUACGAUCGGGCUGUGUUUAGAGGAAACAUCUAAAAUUUGUAACAAAAAUUGAUAUUGUGAUAAAUUUUAAACAUUUAGUAAUUAUGAUUUGUAAAAUAAUGGCGAGAUUUUUUCUUACUCGGUGCACCGUUUUGUGCAUUCCAUUAAUGUGCUCUGCUAUGUUUUUAAUGCAUUAUUUUAAGAUUUAAUCUUAUAUAGAGCAGCUUGAUUUUAAACGUCUUGAACAAAACGUGUACUACUUCCCGUUUAGUAAGUCACCUGGUUUCAUUUUUUUUUAUACAAUUAUUUUGCCAAUUAGCUUAUUUAC